UAAUAAGGCUGAGCUAGGUAUGUAAGGCCGACCCGAAAUGGGUUCAUGGAUCCAAGAGAAGCUGCGAUAGCAUCUAGAGAGCUUUGCACUACUCCCUUUUAGUUCCUUAACUUAACUCUAAGGCGACACUUUUGUUUUACAAAUUUGGAAAUCGCGAUCUCGUCGAGGAGUUACGACCUAGAAUUUAGCUUUCGAUAGAACUCUAGACCUGCCAAUUCAGCUUUAAGCUUACUACGCGAUUUCGAAGAACCGACUAAGAAAAUAAAACGAAGACGAUAUAAACCCAACUUCGAUCUACCUAAAGAAAAACGGUCGCGGCGCUGAGUUAUCCCACAAUCAAAUAUCGUUCGUGAAGUCAUGCGACCGAUGUGCAUAUCUCGAUGAGCUUGUCUUCCCCGGAGCGAGGCGAUGGGGAUGCAAAUAUGGAAAAUGAUCAUCUAGAUCUGUCUCCUGACGGGGACGCUGUAUCCAGUGACGAGGAGACUAUAAAGGGGGAACAAGAACAAGGACAUAUAGCUGAGAUAGUUAAAGAGGAGCGAGAGGGUAUUACAUCCGACCAAAUUCCCCAAAAUGGGAAUGGGGUUAUCGCAAAUCGAUAUCGUCAACUAUUGCGGGAUCGCGAUGAUGUCUCGGAAGACGGAUCAACGGACGGUUUACCUCGGAGGGUUGGGAGUCCCAUAGACUCUCUUCUCUCCGUUCCUGAUGAUUCCCCUUCGGUUCAAGGCUCUAUGAUAUCUUCCCCUGGUAGCAGUCGAGUUCCUUCACUAGCGUCGCGCCCCGGCCUUAGUAGCCCUACGCCUUCGUUCAGGCCCUUCGACCGACGAUUCCAAUCGCGUAUAUCCUCGCCUUCCGCGCUACUAUCUCCGCGACCAACAUCGCCUGCCUUUCUCUCCGGGCAUAGCAGGCAAGCCUCUAUAGGCAGUCAGUUUCUAUUAGAACCCGGCGAGACCGAAUCCUCUUCGCCUCCAUGGGAAGUUGUACGAUGGACAAAACUUAAGAAGUUGAAUGGCCAGGCCUUCUCCGAGGCUGGGAAAAGGAGUUUUGGUUCUCCUACGUGUAUAGCUGUCUCUGCAUCGAUCGUGUUAGGGACCACUAAGGGAAUAAUUCUAAUGUUUGAUUACAACCAAAUUUUGAAAAUGAUCAUUGGCCCAGGCACAAAAGCCGUGGAAUCCGGACCUAUCACCGCUAUUGCUAUAUCCGCCGACUAUACAACCAUAGCUGGCGGUCACGCGAGUGGGGAUAUUUUCACUUGGGAUACUAGCCGAGCAUCCCGACCAUUCUUACACAUACCACCCCUCGAACAGUCCCAGUUGCAGAACCGAACAACAGAUGGCCAUUUGCCAAACGUGUCGGUAACCCAUCUGGGAUUUCUUGGUACUCGACAUACUGCGCUCGUCUCCGCCGAUGACCGCGGUAUGGCAUUUUCUCAUCUCGCUACCCGAGGUACUGGUGCGCUUGGGCGAACAGUCAAGACUGUAAGGAUAUUAGGUCGAUAUCCUGAUGCCCCGCCUCCUUCAUCGGGCAAACCCCUUAAGCCUAGCACCGUAUUGGCCUUCUCUCCCCUACCACUCGGAAAUGUGGAACAAGCAACAGACACGAUGGGAUUGACGGCAAUGCUCACUCCUUAUCUACUUGUCAUAGUCUCGACCACGCCAGUUGCGCAGACUCAGCAUAAAUCAGCUAGACCGAAAGACGUGGCGCCACACAGUGCAAUGACAGGAUGUCUGGCGUGGUUCCCUGCAGUCAAAUUAAAAGUGCCCGAUCCUAGCACCGGUAGCACUAUGUCUAAAGUCAAGCUGGUGUACUGCUGGUCGAACGUAUUAACUGUCUUAGAUGUGGAUGAGAUACCAUCAGACGACAAAGAUAAACCGCCAAUCCUAAAAUUCAAGGCUCGUAGCAGAUGGAAGUGCGAGGAGGCCAUCGUGGCGGUCCAAUGGCUUAGCCGUUCAGUAUUGACAGUCUUGACAAUCACACAGAGACUUAUCGUUCUCGAGGACCGAUCGAUGAGGAUGACCGAAGCUUUUGACCUUAUUCACAAAUUCAUCUACCACGCAGAUCUCUUCUCUAACCAAUUACACAAUCUAGUCGAACAACUUGACGAAGAUGAUACGACGAUGCAUGGUGUUGUUGCGGAUGCUUUCUACAUGAGUUUCAAGGCUUAUAAGGGCCGCAUAUUUCUACUGGGCUUUAAUGACGUAUCUAUCGGCGCGUUGUCUAAUUGGGCGGAUCGAUUGAUCGCGUUAAUGGAGAACGGUGAUUAUAUCGGAGCGAUACAGCUAGCGACUUCUUACUACACAGGAGAUGCUAACAAGCUGACGGUCGGACUUCCUGAAGAUGCGACCCUGAGACAUCGAAUGGUGCGUGACAAGGUGAUGGAAAUCAUGAGUGCAUCCCUUAAAUAUGCAUUUGGACAACGACAGAAGAACAAAUCUUCAAUAGAUGAUCAACAUCUUCGACAACUUGCCGAAACUUGUUUCAUCGCUUGCCAAAAUAUUGGAGAUCUCGAUUUUCUCUUCGAUGAGAUGUAUGAGUGGUACGAGGACGCUGAUGUUGAGGGCGUCUUUCUGGAGGUUUUGGAGCCGUACAUUCUUGAGAAGACGAUAUCGACAAUACCGCCGACGGCCGUCAAAGCCAUGGUCAACCAUUAUGUCAGCAGAGGUUGGGAAAGCCGCUUAGAAGAAAUGAUUUGUCACAUGGAAACGGCUACUCUUGACAUCGAUCAAAUUACAACACUUUGCAAGCAGAAUGGCCUUUAUGAUGCCCUUAUAUACGUCUGGAACCAAGCGUUAUCCGAUUACAUCACCCCUCUUAUCGACCUACUCACUCUUCUAAUACCUUUGGUACGGAAUGAUCAUGAUGCCUCUAGGAAUAUUAUGGAAGACGAAAUCCACGAGGUCAAUGGACUUAAGUUGUUUCCAUAUCUCUCUUUCACGUUGACAGGGAGAAUAUACCCGACGGGUGAGAUUAUGGAUGAUGCAGUGGCCUCGCAAGCCAAAGCAGAAUUAUACUGGUUUCUUUUCUCAGGGAAGAGCAUAAAUUGGCCGAAAGGAAGCAGCAAAACAUUUUUCACCCGAUCAAGUCAGACAGAGGAACCACCCUUCCCAUACCUUAGAGUGAUAUUGGAAUAUGACGCCCCAAGCUUUCUAAGUGCGUUGAACGAAGCAUUCGAGGAUCCAUUCUUGAAUGAUUCCCAGGAGAAGCAACUCAACGGCGGUACAAUCAAAGACUUACCGGAAGAGCAAAUUUUUGGCCUAACUGUUGAUCGUCAAUAUGUGAUUACCAUUCUGCUUGAGAUCAUGAAUCGGGAUGAUUUCGCACCCGAGGAUACCAUAUAUCUAGACAUGUUCAUUGCUCGAAGUCUUCCCAAAUUCCCGCAAUAUCUUCUCAUACCUGGUUCUACACUCGAUAAUGUUUUGGCCGGGCUAUGUGAAUACCCCGGAAUAGACCUGGCGGAAGAUGCCCAGCUUAGUGCGGAGUAUCUGCUCUCCGUGUACCAACCGCCAAACAUAUCGGCAAUGAUACCACUUUUCAAAAAGGCAUGUUUCUAUCGCAUCCUGAAAAGGAUAUAUAGGAAUGACAAGCAGUAUGGGAAGCUGUUACAAACCUACUUUGAGGAUCCGGAAGACCAAAUUGAAACUUUUGAAUGCAUUGCAGAAUGCCUGCAGCCCCAGGCUGGUCUGACCAAGAGACAGAUACAAGAUGUACAAGAUGUCAUCAAGCAGCAUUCGCGAGAAUUGGUCGAACUUGACCCAGUCCGAGCUGCUCAGACACUAGCUGCAUAUGCAUCAAAUUUGCAUAGGUUUGUCUUAGAUUCGCUCGACGAAGAGCCGGAAUUGCAAUAUUCUUACCUCGGAGCAUUGCUUGAGCCUGACUCCGAAAGUUCGGAGCAGCCGACAACCACAUUGGAUCGAGAUUUCAUCGAGCAAUAUGUACAACUCAUGUGUCGCUAUAAUUCUUCCCACGUGUCCGACUAUGUCGGAAUUGUGCAAGCUACAAACCUAAGGCUUGAUAAGCUCCUACCAACCAUGGAAGAUACCGGAGUUAUCGACGCCGUUGUUAUUCUAAUGGCUCGAGAAGGGCAAGUACAAGACGCCAUGGCUCGCCUAACUCGGCACCUAGAAACGUUAGAGUCAGCUCUUCAAGGUUUAGUCUCGAGCACGGAUGAUCUUGCCGAUGACGUAGAUCUUAAAGAAGCCGCUGAAGAGUUGCUUAUGGGCUUGCAGAAAUACACGCAUGUGGGCAUUUGGUUAUGCCAAGGGCAAAUGAAAACAACCAAGAAAAUUAAUGCGAUUGGUCGACGGAGUUCUCCAUCACCUACCGAUCUUUCACCCGAUGAGGCAUUGUGGCUUGAGUUGAUAGACACUACUGUUCAAAUCACGCGACGCCUAUCGUCGGUUGUUGCACCAUCUAAAGCGGAUAGAGUCUCAAGUACCGCUUCCCCAACCCCGGUUCUUGAUAGCGAUAAAUUGGUGGCGCUUUUACGGUCACUUGUACAACACACCUUUACAGCACUUAUGACGGCAACGUCCACCCAGAAUACGGGAUUUCCCACCAACCGUCUUGCUACGGGCUCUGGGGGUAGCCUAACGUUUCUGCGGGUACUUCGAGCUUUUCUAACCCGCGCAGCCGCCGCCUCUCCUAAUCUUGCAGAUCUGCGAGCUGUGUUAGGCUCGAUAUUUUCAGCUUAUGCCUAUGAAGAAUCAAUACUGCGGCUUUCAAACCGUCUUCUCGAGCAGCAACUAUUCGUCAACGUCAAAGAGGCUGUGGAGCUUCGUCAGCGGGGAUGGCGACCAAGAGGGUCAACAUGUGAAGCUUGUGGGAAGCGGGUUUGGGGUCCAGGAGUGGCUGGUAACGUCUUUGAAGCUUGGGAAGAGAAGCAGGCCGUUGAGAACAAGAAGCGAGAAGAAAAGAAAGCUGCUUUAUCGGGCCAAGCGGUUGCACGUGGGAAAGGCAAGGCAGAAUCCCCUGUUGAGGAUGAAGACUACAAGGGCAAAGGAAAAGGCAUAAGCACAGCUGAUAAUGGGCCUAGUUCAUCGGAAGGGCAAAUAGCGAACGGCAAACAGGACGUUCAGGGGUUGGCCGUUGAAACGAAUGGAAGUGUUUACGGUCGGCGGAAAGAUCAGCAGCCUCUGGGUCCUCUUAUCGUUUUGGCUUGCAGACACAUAUACCAUAAAGCUUGCCUAGAUACUUUACAGGAGAAGCAAAAGGCAAAUGGCAGCCAUAGAGAAGUGGACGAAUUCGGCCGCGAGGCGGAGUAUAGGUGCCCUAUCGAUGGCUAGAAUAGCUCGGUAGGAAGUGGUUUAAUAAUAGGAUAUGGCACUGUUGUUGCCGUUGUAUUUACGAGUGUACAGUACCAUAGCUAGCUGCGUGUUGAUAUAAAGACGAGCGCUGUAAAUAAAAUAAUUGGAGUUUU